CCUUGGCCUCCCCUCCCCAUAUAUAAAAGCAUUUGCUCCACCAUGUGCCCCCUCACACACUCUCAGUGUGUUUGCUGGGAAGGGGAUUGUCCCGGGCACACCAGGGGAUUAUUAUACUGUCUUCACCUGCCUGCAAAGCCUCUCUGGGGAUUCAAAUAAAGCGCUUCCCUCGGACGUAACAAGAACCAGCACAAAGAAACCAUGAGCAGCAACUAUAACGUCACACUGUCUGGCCCGGCCCCCUGGGGCUUUAGGCUACAAGGCGGAAAAGACUUCAACUUGCCCCUCACCAUCUCCAGGCUGAACGAUGGCAGCAAAGCGGCCAAAGCUGGCAUCGCUAUCGGAGAUAUGGUUCUGUCCAUCGACGGUAUUGCCACAGAGGGGAUGAACCACCUAGAGGCCCAGAACAAGAUCAAGAACUGCACAGGCAACCUCAGCCUCACCCUACAGAAAGUGGCCAAGCCCCCUCCAGUGGCACCCAAGACGACAGCAGCUCCUCUGGUCACAAAUGGACCUCACAGUACUUUAAAAAAACCCCAGCCGCCCAGGCCUCCCCGCCGACACGUGGUGGACACCGACAUCCACUUCUACCACGUGCCGUCUCACGCUGGCGCCAGCCGGAAGCGCAUCAUGGAGGACACGGAGGACUGGCGCCCGCGCACCGGUACCACCCAGUCCAGAUCCUUCAGGAUUCUGGCUCAGAUUACGGGCACCGAGAACUCAGCUCAAGAAGAAGAAGAAGCAGACACAGCCAAGAAGACAAAUGAAGAGUGUGAGCCCAGCAGCCACGAGUCUGCUACUGUCAAGACCAUGAUCAAAUCACCCGCAACAGCUCAAGGCGUGAGUCCAAAAUGUGGUUUAAUCACACCCUCCUUUGGCGUAAAGUCCGACGGCAGCACGGCCAGGUGUCCUGCCCCCGCCCGCCCCGCGCCUCGGGUCCACCCGAAAGACGAGGACUCGCUGGUGCAAAUGGCGGAACACUACCCUGCCGGGACUCGCACGCCCAUGUGUGGCCACUGCAAUAAGGUCAUCAGGGGACCGUUUUUGGUCGCAAUGGGCAAAUCGUGGCAUAAAGAAGAAUUCAAUUGUGUCCACUGCACCACAUCACUGGCCGACAUCGGCUUUGUGGAAGAGCAAGGCCACGUUUACUGCGAACACUGCUACGAAGACUUUUUUGCGCCGACGUGUAGCCGCUGCCAGGCUAAGAUCUUGGGGGAGGUGAUUAACGCUCUCAAGCAGACGUGGCACGUCCAUUGCUUCCUGUGCGCUUCCUGUCAAGAGCCAAUCCGAAAUAACACCUUCCACCUGGAGGAUGGCGAACCUUACUGUGAGCAAGACUUCUACAGUUUGUUUGGCACGGGCUGCCAUGGAUGCGAGUUUCCCAUCGAGGCAGGAGACAAGUUCCUGGAGGCGCUGGGCUACACGUGGCACGACAACUGCUUUGUGUGCGCUGUAUGUUCCAUCACUUUGGAGGGACAAACUUUCUUCUCCAAGAAAGACAAACCUCUGUGCAAAAAACAUGCACAAACACUAAAAAUAUAGCUUUUUUUCUCUCUGAUGGGUUUUUAAAAAAGAAGCAAUUUCUUUAUUUGUGUGUGUGUGUGUGUGGGGGGGGUGUUCUUUGUCUAACAGUUUAACAGUUUUGUAUUUUAUCAGACUGUUUUUCAACACACAAUUUACAUAACAAUUUCUUUUACGUAUAUUUUAUCGUUUCACAAAAAUGGGUGUAAAGUAAUAAAAACCUCAUCUGCAGUUGA